UCCUCUUCCUCCUGGCUGGGGCUGGGGCUGGAAGGGCGCUUCCAAAUACACUUUCGCUUUUGGAGCUGAGAGGCUGCGGCACGGCGGCAUGGGGUUGAUGCUGAUGGUGCUGGCGCUGUGCGCCCCGGCGGGAUUUGCCCAGUGUCAGGUCAAGGUAUCUGGCUUUCUAGGAACCAGGAAUGUUUUUUCACCAACAUUUGAAGGAAAGAUAAAAGAAAUUACAUGGAAGAAGGAGAGCAACAAAGUGGCUGAAUGGAGUGGACAGGUAGUCCAAUAUUAUGGUUCCUUCAUGAGUGGUAGAGCAAGGCUUGACUCAUUGUCUGGCAGUUUAACCAUCCAAAGGGCACAAGAUGGUGAUGCUGGAACGUAUGAGGUGGAGAUCUUGGCCGAAGAUGGUGACAGCAGCAGCAGCGGCAAGAUCCAGAGAUGUCGUUUUGAUUUUAGUGUAACAGGUCCUCUUUUGCCACCUGAUUUAAAUUGCACAGUUGUUGGAAAUAAGCUACACAUAUUUUGCCACACAGAUAUCUCCAAAGAACUUACGUAUUCUUGGCAUUAUAGUAACAUGGACGAAUUGAUUGGGCAAAAUAAUACUGCUGAGCUUCCACUGACUGCAGACCGUUCCCAGAAAAUUUAUUGCAUUAUCAAGGUUUCCGGUGCAGGUAUCAAUGGUUCACUCUCUCUGGAUGUGUGCCCCGAAGUAAAUCUAAUUCAGCCAAGAGGGAGAAAUGGCUUCAUAGCACUUCUUUUCUUCGUGGCAGUAUUGAUAACAUUGAUAGUGACAGCCAUCUUCCUUCAGAAAAAAGGUCUUCUUCCCGGUUGGAUUUCCUCAAGACUGCCAGGUGGAAAAGCUAGACAUCCUGAAGAGCAAUAUACUAAUAAGCCUGAAACUGAACCCAUUCAUCAAAUUAAGAAUGAACAAGAUAGUGAGGCUGAAGAUGGAAAAACACCUGACAAGUCUGAAGAGGAUGCAUCAGGAAAGGACAUGAAACAGCCAGCAGUGGAGGAUCAGCCUGAGCUUGUCUCCAGUAGUGACAAAUAAGGUGUUUAAACUGUGAAAGGAGCCAGGGUUACAGUCCAGCGAGCCAAACUCUCCUGUGCUAUGACAAAAGAAGAGCUAAGCAAAGGAACUGUAAUGAAUGUCAUCUGUCCUGGAAGGCUCUGCUAUGUGGUGGUGUAGUAAAAGAUGUAUUGUGAAAAUGUGUUUAAAUUCUUAUAAGAAGACCACUUUUUUUUAUCUUCCUGAGACAUAUUUUCUUUCCAAUACGGAGAUUGUUUUGAAGAUGGACGUACUGGGAUUGUUUGAAGAUGGACAUCUACUGAGUCAUAUGCCAAAUGCCUUCCCAUUCAUCCCUUCAGUCCUUAAUUUUUACAACCAGUCACAGUGCUUCAUUUAUUCAUGCCAAUUCUUAGCGAUUAACAUCACCCUAUCCCUGAUGUGUAUGAAAAACUAAUCCAUGCGAUAUACAGCUGAUUUUUGUACAGUUUAGAUGCAAAAGAGAAACAGAUUCAGAGAAAAGACUGGUUCAGCCUGCAGCAGUAAAUCAGUCUCUUCUAAAUUCUUUCCCUUGGUGGAACUCAGCGGAAGAUGGGAAAGAAUGAUCUUCAGUUCUUUAGAAGUGACUUUCUGAGCUAAGGACCCAACCUGCUCUUGAACUGGAAUGGAACCUGGACUUAUGCAAGUGCUGUGAAAACUCCAUUUUUUUGGAGUUGCAAGUCUUGUAGUAUUUGAGUAUGCUUAAAGCCCAAGGUUCUGUAUUUGUAUCUUGAACAUGCAGAGAGGCUUGGAUGUAGACGAUUCAUAGGGUCCAUUCCAACACUGCGAGUCUGUAAGAGAAUGAAAAUACAAAUCAGAAAGAAAGUUAAUGAAUUUUUGGCCCUCCUGGUUGUCGAGAGAGGCUUGAAUGUCAUCACCUGCUCUGAAGCUAGAAGGCAAAGGGGAAAGAUUACCACUUUCACAUGUAAAAGGUGUACGUGAUUUUAGGGACUUGCUCAUCAUUUUUGAAAGUGGGCUGAUGGUUCUAGCCGCUCAAGCCAGUGUGAAUUUUAUGAAGAACCAUGAUGAAUGUGAAAGAUAACUAGUGGACAUGAGAAGCCACGAGACUCUUACUUUGCUGUGGGGCCGUGAACUUCUUAUCAAGGAACACUCUACAAUUGUGUAUUGUACACAGUCUUCCAAGCUUUUGCUACAAAAAAAGUAGAGAUCAGGGAAUCUCUUGGUGAUCAGCCCUGUAGUUAAAAAAAACAGAAGGAACCUGUUAUGGGCAAAUUGACCUUCCAAACAAGUUCAGUGGAUCCUAUAUGACCUAAGGCUGAAUGAUAACCUGGGCUGGAUACAGGCAUGGGUGUACUGGGUGGCUGCCUGGGGCCUAGACGGACAGGGGCCCCGAACAUAGUAAUUUAAAAAUUAUUAUUAUCAUUAUCUCUAGCGAAGGGGGACCCGAUACUAAAAGCUUGCCCGGGGCCACCAGGGGUCUAGGUACAAUUCUGAUGAGGAGGUGCCAAAGUGUAAAGCGGGCCCAGAAGCACAGGAAAAUUAUGUAAACCAACAUUGAGGGAGGGCUGCACUCUGUGUAUGUAAAGCCACUGAUAUCUGAUAGCAAGAGUAAAAUCCAACCAGCGUCUGCAGCUAGAAGACAGAAAAUGGUUAAGACCUUCUCUAUGGAUACACUUAUUCUGUUUCCUUGCUGUGCCCUGUCUCCAAGGAGAGGGAGGAGGUAGCAAUAUUGAGUACAAAAGGGCUACACCCAUCACUUAGACUUACUUACGGCAUCCACUUGUAACUUCCUCUAAUCACAGACCAGCCCCUUUCACAGAAUCUGUUAACGUCUUUUAUUUUCUGUACCGGUGUAUUUGUUUGUAAAUUAUAUAAAAAAAAUGUUUAAAA